AUGAUCGAAGACUACAAAGUAGCGAUGCUAAGUCCGAUCGCUCAAACACGAUUCAAUCAGCUGUUUGAGGUGCCGAAACUGGAGAAAUGGUUCAAAUCAGAUUCUAGUCCUAGUCGCCAGAAGCUGCUCAACUACAUGAACAUUCUCAACGGAAGCACUUAUAGACGCAAUCAUCAAAAAAUUAGUUAUCAACAGAUUUGUAACUGGUUUGCAAACCAACGAGCGGCUAUACGUCGACCAGCACUAGUAGCCGCUCACACACAGGUUAAUCAACAGGUACCAAGUAUCCCAACGAUGCUAGCUGAGUAUCGGCCAAAAUUUGAUUUCAACAACGAAAGUCGCAUUGACGGGGGUUCCGACUCACCAACACCAAACGACGACGAAGUGCACAGUAACAGCGAUGGUGCAGAAAUGUCCUCGUUUCCACAUAUCAAGCAGGUCGGUGAGGAAUCCACCGCAUCUUCUCCUGACUUGUCUAUCAUGAACUCAAUCGCUAGUUCAUCUCCAAAGCAUAUUCCCAAUGAUCUCUCUUUGGGUAACAACAUUGGUGGAAUGGGAAUAGGCUCUCAGGCUGCUCGCUCACGUUUGAUGUUUGAUCCGUUGACUGAGUUGCCGAUCUUAGAAAAGUGGUUCGAAGAAAAUCCACAUCCGACGUGGAUGCAGAUCGACCAGUAUACUCAAAUGUUGAAUGGAUGCCCAUACAGGGAGAACUAUCCACACAUCAGUCAGCACAAUGUAAAGAUUUGGUUCAAGAAUCGUCGCGCAAAGUGCAAGCGAAUGCAGACAGGGAUGGUGGAAAAGUUGGAAAAGUUGUUUGCAUGA